AUGAGUUCUUCAUACUCUAGAUUUAAUGAUGAAGAAUAUAAUGAUAAUAUAAAUAAUAAUCAAGAUUACAAUAAUAAUAAUAACAAUAAUAAUGGUAAUAAUAAUAAUCAUGAUGAUAAUAUUAAUAACGGCAUAAUAAUUAAAAAUCAAGAGGAUGAAGAUCUAGAUAUAAUAUAUAAUGAUACCACUGAUGAAGAUGAGAAUAAUCAUAAUAACAAUAAAAUAAAUAGUGAUGAUGAUGAAGGUAUACCGUUAUCACAAAAAGAAUCAAAUGCUACUAAAGUUAGAAAACAUUUAAUUGGAUCUGCAUGUAUUUUAUGUGUAGUCUUGUUAUGGGUAGGAUCUGGUAUUGUAACACAGAUCAUUUUUACAGAUGAAGAUUAUCAAAAACCUUUCUUUUUAACAUAUUUAAACAGUUCAAUUUUUUCAUUCUAUUUACUUGGAUAUAUUCCAUUCUGGAAGAAAUGGACAUCAAUACCAUUUGAUGAUAAAAGUAAAAAUAAUAUAAUAAAUCGAGAUAUUAAUAAUAGUAACAAUAGUAUAGAUAACAGUGGCAAUAAUACUAUAGAUUACUCAAAAGUACCAUUAACAACAUCGUCAACACCAAUAAAUACUGAUCCCAAUAAUAACAAUACUAUAAAUACCAAUAAUAAUAAUAAUAAUAAAAAAACAAAUUAUAUUUUUACAUUUAAACAGAUUUUAAGAAUUAGUUUAAUAUUAAGUCCAUUUUGGUUUUUUGCAAACUAUACAUACAACUUAUCAUUAGCAAAAACAUCAGUUUCAACAAAUACUAUUCUAAGUACACUAUCUGGUAUAUUUUCAUUAAUACUUAGUGUUAUUUUUAAAGUCGAUAAAUUCACACUCGAAAAAUUAUUUGCAACAUUAAUAACAUUGGGUGGAAUUAUUUUAGUUAGUUUAUCAGAUAUCGAUAAAAGUACAAAUGGUAAUGAUACGGUUAUAGGCGAUUCUUUAGCUAUUGUAGGUGCAUUUUUAUAUGGUCUUUAUACAGUAUUGGUAAAGAAAUUAAUAGGAUCAGAAGAAAAUUUACCAAUGCCAAUGAUGUUUGGAUUUUUAGGGCUUUUCGAUUUCUUAUUUUUAUGGCCACUUUUUCUUAUAUUCAAUUUGAUUGGAUUUGAACAUUUCGAAUUACCAACAGGAAAAGUUUUCGCCUAUUUAAUAGUCAAUUGUAUUUUGGGAAGUUUUGUAUCAGAUCUUUUAGAUUCAUAUUCAGUAGUGAUGACAAGUCCAGUAAUCAACUCUAUUGGUUUAUCUCUAUCGAUUCCAUUUGCAAUGAUUAGCGAUUUUGUUAGAAGUCACAAACAAUUCUCUGUAAUGUAUCUCAUGGGUAGCGCUCUGGUAGUGGCAGGUUUCUUAUUGAUCAAUUUAGCAAGUUCAGUAUUUGAAAAUAAAUUGAAAUCAAUAGAAAAUAAAAUAAUUAUUAAAUUUAAAUCGAUUAUAAAAAAAGAUUAA